ACUAUUAUUGGCAACGAGAAAAGGGAUUCGACAAACAGGACUCCACUGUGUACGAAAACCUGCUGAAUUCCCAACGAAAUGGUUUGAGAUAUCACUGGAAAAUCAUUCUCAUGUCGAGGGAGGAUUCCAAAUGUAUAUUUUGUUACGGAGGGAGUUAUAAAUCUCUGGAGGAAGAAAAAAAAGCUUCUUUAUACCUCCGAACUUUGACUGUUUGACGGACGAGAUUUUUUUUAUCGAGUUUUUACCCUGAAAAAUGUGGUCAUUGUCGACCAUGUAACGAUUGGAUUUCUCGUUAUUUUGAUUGUAAUAUAGACAAUAUUAAUUUGUGAGUUUGGAGUAUGAGUGCAAGACCAAGAACAACGUCGUUUGCGGACGCCAAAGGCAACAAUCCUGCGUUUGGGGGCUUUAAAAUUUCACACAAAGAUGGCAAUCGGGUCACCACAGUCACGGCAACAUCAGGUGCUGUCACUAAUGCCAGACAAGAGGCCAGCAACGUAGAAAUCUCUUACACUGAAACCAAAAUUAUCGGCAAUGGGUCAUUUGGUGUUGUGCAUCAAGCCAAGCUGACUGAUACUGGAGAGAUGGUUGCAAUAAAGAAGGUCCUACAAGACAAACGGUUCAAGAAUCGAGAGUUGCAGAUCAUGAGGAAGUUAGAUCACUGCAAUAUCGUCAGGCUGAAAUAUUUCUUCUACUCCAGUGGGGAAAAGUCCAGCAGCUCAGGAAAGCAAAGAGAUGAGGUGUAUCUGAAUCUAGUGUUGGAGUAUGUUCCAGAAACAGUCUAUAGGGUAGCAAGACAUUACAGCAAAAACAAGCAGACGAUACCUAUAUUAUAUGUCAAGGUAAGUCCAAUGACAGUUACUUCCAAACACUGUGGUUUAAUUCCUUGGCACUUUUCAAUGUGUAGGCUUUUCCAUUCUUACAGAACAUGUGUAAGCUGCAUGUUGUUUUGGGUUGAACCUAAACAUUUUUCCAGUGCAAAACAACUAGUGCCAGGUGAGCCCAAUGUAUCCUACAUCUGCUCCAGGUACUACAGAGCACCAGAACUCAUCUUUGGUGCUACAGACUACACAUGCAAUAUAGAUGUAUGGUCAGCUGGUUGUGUCCUUGCAGAGUUGCUUCUGGGUCAACCAAUAUUCCCUGGGGAUAGCGGAGUAGAUCAACUGGUCGAAAUCAUCAAGGUUCUAGGCACUCCAUCACGUGACCAAAUCCAUGAAAUGAACCCUAACUACACUGAGUUCAAAUUCCCACAGAUUAAACCUCACCCAUGGAACAAGGUAUUCCGGCCUAGGACUCCGUCUGAUGCCAUUGAUCUCUGUAGCAAGCUACUGGAGUACACUCCUUCCUCUAGGAUAUCACCUCUUGAUGCCUGCGCCCACAAAUUCUUUGAUGAGCUUCGAGACCCAGGUACAAGGUUACCAAACACACGGCCUCUUCCACCGUUAUUCAACUUCACUGCACAGGAACUAGCAAUUAAACCGUCACUCAAUGACAUUCUUGUCCCUCCUCAUGCGCGGAGAGAUCCAGUCAGCUCAUCUCAGGGAACCAGUGAAAGUACAGCCACUACCAGCGUGGCAGGGUUGCCCAUCAGUGGGGCGAUAGGAGGAGGGAACUAACAAACCCUGCCCCCUCAAUGACCUCUCCCAACACUAAUAAGGUAUACUUGUAGCACAACAUGGGGGUUAAGAUGUUCUGUUGGUCUGUUUACUGUCUGAUGUUGAAGGAAUACACUUUGCAAACCACUCACUGCUGGGACUCAUCAGUCUAGCUUGUAGCAAGCACAGGUAAAAAUGGAAUUGGUAGAAUUCCAAGUUACCAUAGGAAGUGUAAUUGCUGUGCUGCAGUAUUUACCGGAUAAACCUGCAGCGGCAACAAGUGUUUGCUGAAUUAGCUCUUGCUAUGGCUGCUAAGUUGUGGAAAAAACUGCAGGUGUGUUAAGUCUAGCAUUGGUUGCCCAGAUGUUUACUAAUGAAAUAAAUACUAAUUUAUUCAAUGUGUUUCAACAUCAGAGAGUCUACAGGUGAUGAGAUCGGUACUCCCUUAAAUUGAAGUAUUUCAGUAUACAUGUAUGUACAGACAGUUAAGGCAAGAACUCUGUGUAAAAUAUUUCUUGUUAAAUAUGAUGGCUUGAUUUAAUGAAGGGACUACAAGGAAGGGUUGAGAGCUGAUCCAAGAAACACAACUAUAGGAGGUCUACUUCUGUUGUGAGAUUUCAUACGUGUAUCUCGUUUUGAGAGAUGUGACAUCCAGUGGGAAUGAUACAUUUAUGAAUUCAGGAAAAAAACAGUUUCAGAAUGGAGUUGCUCUUAAAAGAAAAAAAUGAUGAAAACUCAAUUGAAUCAUCUAGCAGUCUUGGUUAGUAGCUGGUUUUUAGGUGUUGGUAACGCUUGCUUUUAGCCGUUGUACCAUAUCAUGUUCACCAGCUACACUGUACAUGUAUAAGUAGUUCCUUGAAAAAAAAAUUUGAUGAUGAAAGAUUAUGGCAUUUUGGACAUCCACUAUCACCCGUAAUAGGUGCUCAUUUACUGAAAAACAACCAUCAUCUGCAUCUACAGUGAUUUUGCAUUGGUUGUUCACAGAAAAGUUUCUAUCAUGACCGUGUUGCAACUCUUUUUGAGUUCUACUGGAUGUUGCAGAUCUGGUAGGAAAUCUUUCGUUUCACAUUGGAUUUCACAUUGGAUGUCUGAUUCUGCAACCUUUCCCUGGUCAUUAUUCCAACUGGUAUUCCCUUUGACCCUUCUGUCCAUUUCUCAUAUGGGGAAAUGUGUAAAUAUAGUUUUGAGUAUUAUAAUACAUGUAUUUACUUUUUCAUGGCUGUGGACUGAUUGACUAUAAUUUGAAUAUUCCUUUUGGUCACAUCUACUUAGGUCAUAAUUAUGUACCUUCAGAGCUACAGCUACAUGUACAUGUACCGUAGGUCUGUUGUGCGUAUGUCUGCACACAUUUCCAAUUCCAAGAGCUUGACAACAGAUUCGGAUGAAGCCUCAGACGAGUUUACAUUGUGAUUCCACUCUCACUUCCUAUAUUGUUUGCUUCAGAUGUGCCAAUUUUAAACUUCAUUGAAGUAUUGGUUUUAAUUGGAAAAGUAUGCAUAACUGAGCAGAUAUUUAUCAAAUGAGUACCGGGUAAUUUAAAGUCAAUUCAGAGGGCUUCAUUACCUUUUGUGAAGCACCUUGCUGUCAUAGAUGUAUUGAAUUGUUCACAGCUUGCACUGCUUGAAUACUGUGGUUUUAUGAUCAACUUCUCUUGUACCUGUAAACUUUGCACUCAAUCAUUUCAUUUUACAAUAAUCCCAGGUGUAUACGUGAAAUUGGAUGGUUCUUUUGGUCGUACUCUAGGUUUGUGGUUUGUACUCUAGGUUUGUGGGUUGUCUGUCCUUUAGAAUCGAGUUAGUUCUGAGUACGGUACCAUACGUUUAAUUUCUGUGUAUGAUUUUCCAGGGUCAGUAGUGAUCUUGAGUUUGACCUCAUUACAGUGCAUAGAGUCAGUGUUGAUCUUACGUUUGAUAUCGCUGCAUUGACCAGGGUCAGUGUUGAUCUCGAGUUUGACCUCAUUACAUUGCAUAGCGUCAAUGUUGAUCUUAAGUUUGAUCUUACUGCAUUGACCAGGGUCGUUGUUGAUCUUGUUUAUACAAAGUAAAUGGGAGAGAGCUGGGUUUUCUGUAUCAAAGUAUUCCCUUUCUGGAACUAUGUUAUUUUAUUCAGUGAUCAAUUUUAAAUAGGGUUGGCGUACAAAAAUGUGAAGAAAUGUCACCAAGAUCUUGUUUUUUCACACACAAAAUCUAAAAUAGAUUUUGCAAGUCAUGUUUUUAUCGUGUAAGAUUUAUGGUUGAAGGAAAAAUUGUGGAAAAAUUUGACUAAUUUUUAAAUGUCCUGACUGAAACAAGUACCUGUCAUUUUUUUUAUUGAGAACUACAUGUAUGAAUUUGUGUCCGAGGUCCUCUGACAAGUUGGCAAACUUGUUUUAAUUGCAUAAAAAUUAUUUGCUUGUUUAUAUCAAUAUUCAUGUACCUAUAAUGACAUCACGGUGUUUUGUCAACCAUUUCUGUAACCAUGAUAUCCAUGUCAUAAGUAUAAAGGCAAGAGUUUUAUACUGUGUGUACAAUUGAAUGUCUAAAUGUUGAAAUACCCCAUCUCAUUGUCGGUCACACUGGAAAUUUGAGACACUUGUUUGAAUAUGACUAAUUAAUAGAGCAUACCACAACAUCACUAGCUCACCAUUUCAUGAUUUGUAUAUUUGUACAGUCAAGGGGAUCUUUUUUAGUUUCUUUUAUUCUUUAGAAAAUUGUAAAUUAUUGUGUUAAUUUCGUUUUUAAGAAUAAUAACUCAAGUGAUUAGCCUCACUUUUGGAUGUGGUUUUCACUCGUCCAAGUUUGUCCUCUUGUCUGGUCACUGUUUUGUUUAACUCACUUUAUGAAUCAAUAUAAUUUCCUAGUGACACUCCCCACCUUAUUUAGAAUGGAUAUACACUUGAUGGUCCUGAGCAACAAGGUUGCUGUGGUGAUUUAGGAUAUCCAUACAAAUUAGUUGCCACAAAACGUAAAUACAAAUAAAACAAACCUACAGUGUAAAGAGAA